GCCAGGUCGUGAGACAGCAUAUAUCCUCCGUGAAAAAACAGCUCAAAUCCUGGACUCAUCAUGGUAACAGGACCUGUGGAUCUUCUAUCAGAGAGAACAUCGUUGUAUUAUGUGUGGGUCCAGAACCAGUAUCAAAUUCAGACUUAUGAGCAAUGGCUUGUACCUCCAUUCUGCCUGAGCAACAUCUGUCGCCCUUGGCAGUUCACUGUAAAGGCAUAUCACAAUAAGUGCAUGCAUGCCAUAGACACAAAAGAGCACCCCCAUGAAUACAGGCGGUUAUUCCUGUCAGCCCACUAGAGACGCCCAUUCAAAUACACCAACAAUAGGCUAUACUGUAUGUCCUUUUGUGGUCUUAGUGUCAAUACAAUGCAGCAUCAAGCAAGUACUUGUUUGCAAAGAGUCAUGCAAAUCGCACUGAAAGGAUGGUGCUCUUAUAAGCAUGGGACGUACUCAGUAAGUCUGACAUGCUGACAUUGGGUUUCGUGGCCCUGUUCCUGUCCUAAAUUCCCUUUGUCUGUGGUGCAACACCUACAUGCCAAGUUUUCCAUGUCCCAUGUCUAGUUGUGGAUGGAUCACAUCCCUCUGAAGAACAAGCAAACAGCAUGACUGCAUGUAGCAGGCUUCAGUGAAUAAACCAUUUAACACUCAACUGCUGUAUCAUGUCCAGCCUAGUAAAUUCAAAUCCAAUUAAUGCUAAAUUAUCGUAGUAUAUCUUUUAUUCUCAUGUAUUUGAAAAGAAAGGUUUGAUUCUAUUUGUAUAAAGUUUCUGUAUAUUUAAAUAAAUAAAACUAAGAAAGUCACACCUAUGCUUAGUCAGUGUGCAUAAGUUACAAACAGACACAGUUUACAGACUUCAAAGCAAAUAUCAUGUUGACGUCUCACCUGGGCAAAGCGAGACCAUGUUUGCAGUGCUGCUGGCCCAUCAGCUGCCCUGAGAAUGACAUCACAGGGGUGCGGAGUCAGCCUGUGCCUCUUCUGGCUGAGGUCACCUGUGCCACAUUUCCUGCGUAAGAUAAGAGCGUGCCGUGCAGAGCCACAGGUCAGCAGCUUGGGCAGAGCAGCUGAGGCGGAGCAGCUGAGGCAGAGCAGCGUGGGAGUAGCGGAGUGGGACUUGCAGCGUGGGAGUCGCGGAGUGAGGUACACGGACAUGCCCGAGGAGGCAAAGGGCUCCCCGCUGGGUUUGGUCCAGCAACAAGACUUAUGCAGAAAAUGUGGGAAGACGAUGACUCAGGGGCCAAAAGCAGUGCCGGGGUGCCGCUGCUUCUCUCUGCUGCAUGAAGGGAUGGAGAAGAUGGCACUUAGCCAGAGGAAAGGCGAGCUGCAGGAUAGUGUGCGCUUGGCCGCAGGACACGUGGGAGACAUAGACUUCACAGGCUCCAAUAAAACGCGGGGGAAGGUGCUUGGAUCCUCACCAAUGGCCUGAGAUUUGGCAUCACCAAGCAUUUAGGACAGGCAGUGCGAGACCACUCCCUCGCCAGUACCUCCUCAAAGGUCCAGGUGGUGGCCAUUGGCAUCGCCCCCUGGACCAUGAUCCAUAACAGAGAUCUGUUGCUCUCCAGCAAGCCUGACCAACCAGCGGCAUACCCAACAGAAGACCUGCCUCAUGGAACAGUGUAUUGCCUAGACUGUCACCAUUCCCAUUUUGUCCUGGUGGAGGAAGACUUGCAGACACCGGGCAGUACAAGUGAGAUGAUGGUCAAACUGCUGACUUACAUCUCCCAACAGCGCACUGGAUAUGGGGGGACUGGAAGCUUUGAGAUUCCAGUGUUGUGCUUACUGGUGCAUGGAGAACCAAAGAUCCUCCAGCGGAUGUACAAGGGGAUCCUGAACUCAACGCCCUGGCUGAUCUUGGCAGGCUCGGGGGGCGUGGCAGACAUCCUAGUGACACUAAUAAACAAAGGAUUCUGGGACACAGAGACCGUGGAGGAGUUACUGCUAGACACCUUCAACACAGGCUUGGAAACCGCAGACAUGUCGGCUUGGAUCAGGCUGAUUCAGAAGAUUGUAGAACAUGGACACUUGUUGACAGUACAUGAUCCGGAACAGGAAUGCUCUGAUCUUGACACCGUCAUCCUUAAGGCAUUAGUUAAGGCUUGCAAAGCUCAGAGCCAGGAGGCACAGGACUAUUUAGAUGAGCUGAAGUUAGCAGUUGCCUGGAAUAGGGUGGACAUUGCAAAGAGUGAGAUCUUCAAUGGUGAUGUGGAGUGGAGGGCAUGUGACCUGGAGGAAGUUAUGAUGGAUGCUCUAGUUAAUGACAAGCCGGAUUUUGUGAAACUCUUUGUUGACAAUGGGGUGAACCUUGGGGAGUUUCUCACAUAUGGGCGGCUGCAGGAGCUGUACUGCUCGAUAUCAGAGAAGAGUCUACUCUACUUUCUGCUGAAAAAGCACCAAGAGAAGCAGCUCCUGCUGGCUACAGCACGCACCCCUGGGCCAGCGCACAGUGAGCCAGGGGAGCGGCAACCGCGGUUCACGCUGCACGAGGUCUCCAAGGUGCUGAAGGAUUUCCUCCAUGACUCCUGCAAGGGCUUCUACCAAAAGUUACCCACUGAAAAGGGGAGCAAGAGCUUGCUUUCUCAUGGACCUAAGAACCUCCCUGACCUGGAGAAGCACUGUGAGCAUCCUUGGAGGGAUCUGUUCCUGUGGGCUGUGCUGCAGAACCGGCAGCAGAUGGCCUACUACUUCUGGGCCAUGGGCCCAGAAGCAGUUGCAGCAGCAUUGGCUGGCUGUAAGAUCUUGAAGGAAAUGACCCACCUUGAGUCAGAAGCUGAGUCAGCACGCAGCAUGAAGGAAGCCAAGUACGAGCAGUAUGCACUCGACCUAUUCAGCGAGUGCUACUCCAACAGUGAGGACCGGGCAUACGCACUCCUAGUGAGGAAGACGCAUUCUUGGAGCAAAUCUACGAUUCUACAUCUGGCCACCGAGGCAGACGCUAAGUGCUUCUUUGCCCAUGAUGGCGUCCAGGCUAUGUUGACGAAGAUCUGGUGGGGUGCCAUGGCCACUGACACUGCCAUUUCCAAGCUGGUCCUGUCUUUCUUCUUCCACCCUCUUAUCUGGACGAACCUCAUUAAAUUCAGUGAGGAGGAGCUGGACAGCAGCCACAAGGGAGAGCAGUUUGCAGAGCUGGACAGUCUCGAGACUGAGAAGGCCCUCCUACUGACAGAAGACGAUCACAUGGAGUCCGGUGCGGCCGACCCAUUAGCACCGCUGAGCACCAGUGCGGUCUGGACCCAGUUCCUACUCCGCCGCUGGCGGCGCUUCUGGAGUGCCCCCGUAACCGUCUUCUUGGGCAACGUCAUCAUGUACUUUGCCUUCCUCAUCCUCUUCACCUACGUCCUCCUCCUUAACUUCCACCCCCCACCCCCGUAUGGCCCCUCCAUGGCAGAAAUUGUCCUGUACUUCUGGGUCUUUACCCUGGUGCUGGAGGAGUUGCGGCAGAGCUUCUUCACUGAUGAGGACACCAACAUCCUUAAAAAAUUCAAACUCUAUGUGGAGGACAAUUGGAACAAAUGUGAUAUGGUGGCCAUCUCCCUCUUUGUGGUGGGUGUAUCCUGCAGAAUGGUGGAGAGUGUGUACGAGGCGGGGCGGACAGUGCUGGCCCUGGACUUCAUGGUCUUCACUCUCCGACUCAUACAUAUCUUUGCCAUCCACAAGCAGCUGGGGCCCAAGAUCAUUAUUGUGGAGAGAAUGAUGAAGGAUGUCUUCUUCUUCCUGUUCUUCCUGAGCGUCUGGCUAAUCGCUUAUGGCGUAGCCACCCAAGCACUGCUGCACCCCAACGACCCCCGACUAGACUGGGUCUUCCGUAGGGCGCUGUAUCGGCCCUACCUGCAUAUCUUCGGACAGAUCCCACUAGAGGAGAUUGAUGCGGCAAGGAUGCCUGAGACAAACUGCACGACUGACCAGGAGGAGAUCAUUAUGGGCAAGCUCCCACCAUGUCCUAACAUCUACGCCAACUGGCUUGUCAUUCUUCUGCUGGUCAUCUUCCUGCUGGUCACCAAUGUGCUCCUGAUGAACUUGCUUAUUGCCAUGUUUAGUUAUACCUUCCAGGUAGUUCAAGGAAAUACUGACAUUUUCUGGAAGUUUCAACGUUACAACUUGAUCGUGGAGUACCACAGCAGACCAGCUCUGGCCCCGCCCUUCAUCAUCAUCAGCCACUGUUCCCAGCUACUGCUUAGCCUUGUGAAGAAGACUGAGUCAAAACAGGAACCUCUUGAAAGAGAGCUAUCACCUGGAUUGGACCAGAAGCUGAUGAUCUGGGAGAGUGUACAAAAAGAGAACUACCUUGCAAAUCUGGAAAGUCAAGAGCGGGACAGCAGUGAAGAGAGACUCAAGAACACCUCUUCAAAGAUGCAAGCCCUAUUGAAGAUUGUUGGAGGGUACAAGGAACAGGAAAAGCGCCUGUCCUCUGUGGAAGCUGAGGUGAAAUACUGCUCUGAUGUGCUGUCCUGGAUGGCGGACUGCUUUGCUAAAAGCACACUGAAGUGUGACAGGGAGGCUCCCAUAGCCCCUGGCACCUGGGGAACCAGCCCCAGACACCGCGGCCCAGACGGGAACACAUUCAGCAGCCAGUCCAGGUCUGAUGCUAAAAGGGAAAUGCAGUACAUUGAUGAGUAACAGCAUCUCACUUGUAGUCCUCUCCAUUUCACAUUAACUGUAUGGAAGAACGAAGCACUGCACAGCGCCCCCCAUUGUGCCUUUCAUGCCUGUGAAGCGCACGACUGAAAUGUGCUUGCAAGAUGGGGCUUUGUAUUGCUUUGUCGCCCCCUGCUGGUAAUGGCCCCUUACAAACAGAGACCGGAGGAUGAUGGCCUCUUUACAGCAGUGCACUAUAUCCAGUUUUUCUUUUUCUUUCUUUCUUUCUUUCUUGCUUUCUUUCUUUCUUUCUUUCUUUCUUAUCAGACAUAGGUACUACAUUUCCUGUAUAGGUACAUCUUUAAACUGCAACAAUAUAUGAAUUGUUUUCAUUUUUAUUGUUUUAUUUGUGUCAUUAAUAUAGAUUCACUCAUUUAUUCAACAUGCCGUUUUGUCUGUUUUAAUAUUAGAAAUGCAUUAAAGAGAUGAAGCUUAAAAU